ACUCGUAUUUUCAGUCCAUAGGCAUGGGCUUCCUGUCCCGGAUAAGUCAUUAACAGGGAUCAGAACUACCUUAGCGCCGUUACCAAACACUCCGCAUCCCGGCCAUUCCUCUAUGGUGCAAAAUUAGGGUUUAAGGAACUCCAGGAAUUCAAUAUUUGCGGGGUUUUAGGACUCUCCUUGGAUCCAUCAAUUGAAUCUCGCAACCAUGUGGCGCGGAGCUAGAUGGAGCUCGAAAUCGAUCGCCCGGCGCCUCUGCACCGCGACACGGCGCCGUGUCGAGGAUGAGGGUGACUGGGUCUACUCGUCGGAGUGGUGGGGGACGGAUUUCGACGGCCACACCGUCCUCCGUUCGACCUCCGAUAAGGGAAAUGGAGUCGUUUCCGUCGUCUCGUAUCCUUCUUCUCGACCCAAUCGAGUUAACUGGUCUGGAAUGGAAAAUUGGCUUCAGCAAAGAUAUGCAGAGUUACAACCUGGAAAUAGCAAUGAGGAACGUUUUAGGGUACUAGGAUACCAGUGGCGUGUGCUCCGAUUUAAUGAUAAUACUCGUCAAAGCACUGUUAAGAUAAUGGCCGCCUAUCGAGAGUCAGAUCCUCGUUCUGUGUGCUUUAUGCAGCAAGCCCAUUGUUUGGCUGUCCCAUACCUCAAAAGCAUGGUAUCGGUCGGGCUGGCAACAAUAGCAGCUUCUGAUUAUGAUCUCACCGGUGCUGUGCUUGGGAAGAAAUCCAUGAAUAUCUUAUGCAUUGGGCAUGGUGGAGGUAGCUUGCCAUUGUUCUUGGCCAAUAAAAUUCAAGGGGCCAAGGUUCACAUUGUUGAAAUCGACAGCAUAGUCAUCUCAGCCUCUAUUCAAGCAAUGGGGUUUCCCGCUUUCUCCCUCAUGAGUCCUUCAGGAGGUCGUGCUAUUUCAAAACCUGAUGACCUCGAUCAAGUCCUAUGGAAAGGUCUCCAUGAGAGGCUCUUCCUCUUCGAAUCUGAUGCUGAGAAUUUCAUCCUCAACAACUCCACAGAAGAAUUGUAUGAUAUGGUGUUCAUCGAUGCCUAUGAUGGGGAUGACAUCUUCCCCCACAAGCUGUGGAACCCUCAAUCCCCUUUCCUCCAAUUGCUUAGCAAUCGGAUCCACCCAAGGCACGGGACAGUAGUGGUGAAUCUCCAUUCAGACUCAGACAUUCGGGAUCAUGAUGGGUCGAUCCCAUCAGUCCUUCAGCAGCUUCUCCCUAUGGGCAAGUAUUUAUCUAGCGUUUGCAGGGCAUACAAGGAUGUCUUGGCUCUGUCCUGUGGUUCAGCAUUUUUAGUUUCGGUUCCUUGGGUCUGCAAUUCAUCCCUCGUGGUGAGUAGAGGUCUUACUGAUCGUAGGGGCUUGCUGGGUAAAAGGGAUAGUGCUGUGGAACAUCUUGUAUCCAAGUCUUUUGAGGUUGAACAUCUCUUGGACUUGCCAUUUUCGUGCUUGGAGUAUAUAAAGAGGAAUUUCAUGUUUGUCGAUUAAAUCUCAAUGAGUUUUAUA